ACAUGAAACAUUGAGAUAUUCAAUACUGUUGUGCUGGUCGGACUGUUCAUUGUAACAUGCGUUAUUACCAUACACCAAUGGUAUCACCGCGACAUAAAAUAACCCUGUUACCAGGAAUCGCCUUUUUCUCAGUAUUGAGCGUAUACCUCCCAAUUCUGGUUAGUGAAAAGACUAUUCUACACAACUGACUCGGGCAGCAAGAAGCAUUCGUACAUUUUGAAUAAGGAUAUGUUAUUCUCGACUUGGUGAUAUAGUGGUGAUAUAGACAGAGUGGUAUAUAGUGAAAGAUUAUCAAUAAGAGGCUGUAUCUUCAAUCUUCGAUCAAGCAAAAAAGGACAAUAAUAAUUCAUCGGACUGGAUAUAACGAUGGCGGCAUCAAGGUAAAGGCUAUAAUAAUUCAGGUUUUCCGAUCACGAGUGAAAUUUAAAAUAUCAACAACAACAAAAGCAGUAUGGGAAAGAAGACACAGCCCUACCCUCAACCUGCCAGCUCUCAGCAGCAGCUCCACUACCACCAGCCGCCACCAGCCCGGGUAAGACGAGCUCCUCACGGCAUCACUGUCAGUAUCUGCGUCAAGUACACAAUCUUUGCAUUCAAUGUGAUCUUCUGGUUGUGUGGUUUAGGCAUCCUGGCCUUUGGUGUGUGGGGUCUCGUCUCGAAGAGUGUGUCCAGUGUCGAGGCUAUCGCAGAAGAGGUUGGAAUCAAAUUAGAUCCAAUGUAUGGUUUCAUCAUAGUCGGUGGGUGCAUCUUCAUCCUCGCGUUCUUAGGAUGUAUCGGGUCAUUGAGAGAGAACACGUGUUUGCUGAAGCUCUAUGUCAUCAUCCUGGUACUUAUCUUCUUGGCUGAGAUCACCAUCGGUCUCCUCGUCUACUUCUACCAAGAUAGAUUCGUAACGCUCCUUGAUACAUGGGUGGAGAAGACUCUACUUAACUACUUUGAUGAUCCAGACAGUCAGUUCUUGAUGGAUAACAUGCAAGAAGGGCUGACAUGCUGUGGUGUUAACUCUCCCGAUGACUGGCAGAAGAAUGCAUAUUUCAACUGUUCAUCCAUAGCGGAUUCACGAUGUAGCGUCCCCUUUUCCUGCUGCGUCCCCGACCCUACUACAUCAGUCAUCAACUACCAGUGCGGAUACGGCGUCCUAGCGCUACCACCCACCGAAUGGUUCAUGACCAUCUACACCAUAGGUUGCGCUCAAUCCUUGACCGAUUGGUUUAAGACGAACGUCAUCCUGCUUAGUUGUAUUGGUGGCGCCCUCGUACUCAUGCAGUCCAUCGCCAUAUGUCUUGCUCGCUCCCUGAUCGGUGAUGUCAAAGAAGUCAAGUCGUACUGGUGAUCGAGUUUUUUAGAUUUAUUUCAGUUUGUAGGCGAUACACACGAGGCGUUUUUUCGAUGUUAUUACAUACGGGGGUGUUUAAGCCCUCUCAAAAUUUCUCCAAGCCUCCCCCUCCAAAAAAAAAAAAAAAAA